AUGGCAGACAAGCCAGACAUGGGGGAAAUUGCCGGCUGUGAUAAGGCCAAGCUGAAGAAGACGAAGAUGCAGGAGAACACUCUGUCAGCUAAAGAGACCAUUGAGCAGGAGAAGCAGAGUGAAAUUUCCUAA